CAGACAAAGUUGCAUUGUGGGUGAAGGUCUAAUGACGUCAUCAGCUGCCGGUGUGCGAGAAUUCCCCGUCCGUCCCCAGAAAUGGCCGAGAGCCCCCCAAGAUUGUAUUGCAACUACUGCCAAGAGGAGUUAAAGUCCUUCAGUGUGAAAUGUUGCGACUGCUCCGAUGCCGAGACUUUCGAUCUUUGUUUACAGUGUUUUCGUGCUGGAGCUGAAAUUGGUACUCACAAGAGAGAUCAUGGAUAUCAGAUAAUGGACAAUUCUCUAUUCCCUUCUGGAGGUAGAAGUAAUUGGAGCACAACAGAAGAGAACAGUUUGCUGGAUGCAAUUGAGUCAUUUGGUUUUGGAAAUUGGGAUGGAGUUGGUAACCAUGUAGGCUCCAAGACAAAAGAAGAAUGUUCUGACCAUUAUAACACUUUCUAUGUACAGGGAAAGAUAGGAAAUGCAACAUUACCCGAAACCCGAUCUGUCAACUUUAUAGACCACACAGGGCCAGAAGAUGGGCCAUUAUCUCCUACAUUAGGAUUAACAUUCAAGCCCGUCGACCUGACGACAUCAGAGCAACAAGAACUAUGCUACAUGCCAUUAAGAGAUGACUUUGAAAGGGAAUUCGAUAAUGAUGCAGAAACACUUAUUAGCAACUUAGCAAUAACAUCAGAGGAUGAUGAAUUAGAUAUAUCACUCAAGCUAGCUCAUGUAGAUAUGUAUUCAAAGAGAUUAAAGGAGAGAGGUAGAAGGAAAACAAUAUCUAGAGAGAAUGGUCUUAUCAACGCUGCAGUGUCAACAGCAACAACAGCUUCACCUGGACCUCCUCCGUCUUCAUCAUCACAAAAACAAAAGUCAGCUUCUCAAAAACGCAAGCCUUCCAAGGAGGAGUUAGAGUUCCGGGAGAAGCUGAGACCAUUAGUUAGAUUCAUCCCUUCCACAGACCUUGAAGAAAUGUUUGAUAAUAUACAGAAAGAGAAAGAAAUUAAAUCAAGAAUAAAAGAAGUGGUCAGAUGUAGAAGAAAUGGAAUCACAAAAUUAAAAGAAUGUGAAGAGUAUGAGGAAGCCAAAGCAAAGAGAGAAAAGCGGAAAGAAAAUAAGAAAAAGUUGGCUGAAAAGACAAAGAAAGGGAACUCAAUAACUGCCAAAAAACCUGAUUCCAAGGAUGUCAAAGAAGAAGUAAAGGAGGAAAAGAUGGAUGUUAUAGAAGAUGAAUUUCCAACCCUGAGAUCAUCCCAUGGAUUCAACUACAUAUCGGAGAGGGAAAAGAAGCUCUGUUCCUCUAUGAAGAUGAAGCCAGCGAGAUAUGUUACUCUUAAAACACUCAUCAUCAAGGACCAUUACUUACGAAAACAAGGCAUUCUUCCCAAGACCCGUUACCCUGGCAACCUGCACAAGUCUCAUCGCAAGCGCAUCGCCAACUUCCUCACCAAAAAUGGCUGGAUCAAGGCUAGUUGAGAAUAAUACUUGCCCUACCCCCUUCUCCAUCAUCACUCCAAAAAUUUAAAAAACCUUGCCUUUUUGUUGUUGUUUUUUUUCUCUUCUCAAUUCAACAAAGGAUAGAUUUUGUGAUGUUAGAGUUACCAUUACAAACCAUCACUAUUUAUUGACCAUUUACUAUCUUGUAUGUGUACAUGUACUUUCCAUUUAUGAUGUAAUUCGGGUAUUGCCCUUUUGUACCUCUCAGAACUUAAACGCGCAAGGCAGCCCCCUGUCAUGUGCAAUUUGCUUUUACUAGUGAAUUCUUGAUCAUCGAUUGAAGGAAAACAAAAUAUUCCUUGAUUGAUCAGGGUCCAAUGUACAUGAUCAGUGGUGAUGUUCUGCCAAUUUAAGUGUGUCUAGCAAUCAGUCUUCGAUGCAAAAUGUCUAAAUUGUGCCAAAUUAGGUUUCACGAUCUCCAUGUCAGCUCUAACUUUCAUAAUGAGUGAUUCCUUCCAUAUCAUUUAGGUUAGAUGUGUGUUCACCAAAUUCCCUGAAAUUGCAACUUCUGUUCCAAAUUCAAGUGAAAAUUGAUCACUUGACAAUGAGUAUAGGUAUUUGUAUGAGCCCUAUUAACCUAGCUUAUAUUCAGGGAUGGGAAACAGAAGGACCUAUCUCACCUUGUGAUGUUUUGUUUUUAUCUAGGUACCAAAAUAACCAGAUACACCCCACAUUUUCUGAAAACUAUGAAACCUUAAUUUGAUUCAACUGUUAAUUGCCUGUAGUAAAGUAAUGACUGAAGGGGCUUGGUCAUAUGAUGUAUAUAGUCUGUGUACUCAAGACUCUGCUUAUAUUUUCCUGCCAUGAGUGAAGUAAUGUGAAGUCUGAGAACAAAGUUAAUGUUUGACAAGUACUGGUUACAUAUAAAACGGAAGAUUUAGAUUAAUUACAAGUCAUGAUUGAUUUGAAUAGUAAUUGAAGACAAAAUCUACUAACACUAAAUAUCUGGAAGAGAGCAAGAUAGAUAUACAUUUAGCUGUAGAGAUUUGUGACAUCACUCUAUUCAAGUAGGGGUGGCUGACACAAAAGACCCUCUAACGCCCCUCCCCGAAACAAUAGUUACACUGCUGUAAUCCUCCAGUUCAUAUGCUAUACUUUUCAUAAUUACUAGCAAAACUGAUUAUACAUGUAGCUUAUGGGCAAGCGAGAUAAAAACAAAAAUGUUGUUUGUUAGUGUGUGAUAACACAAUCAAACUACUUGUAUUACUUUUUCUCUGCCCUAAAGGAUACCGUGCAUUUACCUCUCAUAAUUCAAUUUUGACCAGGAUUUAUCGAAUAAUCCCUUGCAUUGAAUAAUAUAUUUUCAGAAAGGAGUCAGGAUUUUGUGUUAAUAUCUUUUGAAUCCAAACAGGGAACAUACUUAUAUCUACACUAAAGCAAGUAUAAAGUAAUUUAGCUUAAUCUACGUGACAACUAAUCCUUAUAUCUCAUCUCAAAAAAGGUAAUAAUUUGGAGUAAUUGCUUUCCUUUAUAUCUGGCUUUAUCCUAACUAUUUCUGUGCCUUGAGCCUAAAAUGAUACUUACGGCUGAUUUAAAUUAAACAAAUCUUCACAAGUGAUCAGUUAACACUUAAGCACUUGAAGAGAACAGUAAACCACUUUCCUUUGAUAAUAUACAACUCCCUUUUAUUCAGUUUUGGUGGGAAAUUUUACUUCUGUUUUCCCCUAAUUUGUUUGCAAAAAUAAAGACAGAAAUAUGCCUUCUAAUUUAACGCCUAAAUAUUGAUCUCUCUCCUUGGAAAAUUUUAGGAGAUAUAACUCUACAGCAUUUUCUGGAGACAAACAUUAAUUUUCAAUGAGAUGAAAGUAUGUGAAUAAAGUGUUUUAAUUUCCUACUGUGCCAAAGUAUUUUUUUUCUUGCCCAUUGCACAGUAGAUCAGUUUUCGGUAUGUCCUCACUGGCUUCAUAUUGUUCUUAUAAUGAUAAGGAUUUCACAAAAGAUUAAACAUAUUGAAAGGCUAGUACAAUAUGAAAGGUUAUAACAGCCAUGGUAUACUUGAAUUGCAGCCCCCCUCACACCUGGCCGAAUGUAGGCGGACAAAGGGUGACGAAUGGGAAAAAUGCACAAAAUGUACGCGAAUUCAAUUAAUUAAAAUAAAAUUUCCGUCAAAUGAUGCGAUCAGUAACUAUUGUCAAAUUUUAUCAACGAAUGGUAAGCGAAAGAUAAAUAUGACAUGCGAAGGUUAUCGAUUUUUCGGUACACCUCUUUGAGUAAAUUGCAGCUGAAGGCGAGCGAAGGAUUGAUAUUUAACCCAAUAAAAACGAACGAACAGUGAGCAAUGGUUUGGUAUGGCGUUCGAUUAGAAACGAAGACGAGGGAAUAGAUCGGGCAUUCUUGUACGUUUGUGUCAUCGUGUUGCUUCGUUAAGGGUUAUUUCGAGAUCGGUCCACUUUGGCAAAAGCGCGAUGAGGGACUAUGCACGACAAUAACCACGAACGAUAAACGAGCAAUUACCGCAGACUGAAUAAGAGAUGCGAAUUCAAACAGAUGACCGACGGUUUUUCAAUUCGUCUGGAAAUUUUAAACAUGUUCAAAAUUUCCGCGCGAAUUUGAAUAAUCACAGCUGUUAGUUCAGAAGGAGUACGAACCCAAACACGAAGGGUGAAUAUGAUUUACUAUCAGUUACCAUUGAAAACGAUUUUUAAAAAAUGCCUUUCGCCAGCCAUCGCAAGGCAUAUUUCAGGCAAUUCGGUUAGGUGUGAGGGGGCCUCAAGAUUAAGGGUUAAAAAAUUAAUCAUAGUAGCAAUGUUUUAAAGAAAGAUAUAACAGUUGAUCCAUUGUAUCGCAAUAGACUGAUAGCAGAAUGUAUGUUCCAAAUGCUUCCAUGCUGGUUGUGAAGUGAUUACAAGGCAAAGGAAAUGUUGCUGAUAAUUUUCACAUUGAAAUUGAAAUUAUUAUGGGCGUUACUUCAAGCUAAAUGUUUCAUAAGCAUUAUCCUUAUUGUCCCAAUUCCAUGGUAUACAAAACAUAAGAAUCACAAGCUUAACUUACAUUUACAGACUGCGUGGGAACCUUUUGUUUGCCAUUUUGCAAGGCUUGAAACCAGUGAUUAUUUUAAUAGCCUGUCCAUUCACAGGAUGUUAUUAAUAAUAAAGAUGUGCUUGAUAGUCCGAUUAAUAGGAUUUCAUGUGAUGCUCCCUUCCACUCUUAUUAGUGAAGUGAUUGUCAGUAUAAUCGGUUUUAAUCAAUUAGGAGUACAAUUGUACUCUGUCUCCUAUUGUUUGGCUGUCAGGCUACAUUUACUAUGACAGGAGGAAUUGGGAGUGAAUUAGUUACAGUCCGCCCCCUGUCUGUGGUUUGUGGUGAGAAAAAUCCCAAUCAACCUUUCAUACUUUCAAAGUAUAUGAAAGGAAAAACAUACUUGACUUCACGUGGUAAAAACUAACAGAUUAGAGUGUAGAUCUAUAGCCUGAUAAAAACUGAUUAAUGACUUAAUGGAAAAUAACAUUAAAUCAUGAAAAGGAUGUUCACAACAUUGCAUGCAGAUGUCAAACCCACUGGUGCAUAUAUAAUAAAUAACAAUAUUUUGCUCAUCUUUGAAGGUCAGUCCAUUAUUGUUGCUUAGAAAAAGACUCAAUAUUUGACUGGAAUGUCAUGCUUAUUUUGCUAAUUCAUCAGCAAUUACAUAAUUUCUUCCAGAAUUUUUUGGCAUAUAUUUUGUAUUCAUACAUACAGGCACUUAGGUGAUCAUUUUAUUGGAUUAUGUACAAACUCACUUUAAACAUGUUGCUUCAACAGGCAUUUUUCUUUCAACUGACCUAAUUACAAGCUUUUAGUAAAACAUGUAAUCAUUAACUGUUAAAAAGAGCUUUUGUUCUAGAGAGGAUAUGAUGUUAUUGAAUACAUGUUUGCAGCUGAUUUUGUAUUGAUAUUGCAGAUAAGUGUUAUCUUUCCCAGUCUGUUUAGCUUCUAAUAUGCACUACCUAAAAUAUGCAAGUAUGUUUUAAAUCCAUCUAGUAAAAACAGGAAAUCAUUUCUAGUUUCAGUUUUUACUUCUUAUAUUCUUGUCCUUCCUUCAGAAUAAACAUAUUUAUCUUCUUUUGAUUUUUUUCAUUAUAAUACGCUCAGUAAUAGUUGUUUAUAAUACCACAAUUCAAUGAGUUAUUACUUGUACUUUUCUUGAGAUCGUAGUUUCAAUUGGGACCAUUAUAUUUAAAUGCACCUGCAUAAAUGCAAUCAUCAUUAAGUUGGAAAUCAUUUUGCCAUUUGAGGUAUAAAUGUGAGAAUUAUUUUUCUUUUACACCAAAAUGUUGCUCACUUUAAGAAUGUGAGUACUCUUUUCCCCUCUCGUUUGCCAUUCAAAGAAUAAAAGUGAGAAUUUUGUUCCCUUUGACACAAAAUGUUGUUCGAUUUAAGAAUGUGAAUAUUCUUAAUCAUUUUUUUCAUUCACAGUACUGUGCCAUGAUCAUGAAAAUAUGUUUUGUGUAUGACUAGAGGACCUUAUCGAACAUACCACUCCUGUCAAGUUUAAUUGAAUUUAUAUAUAUAUAUAUAUUUGCCUAUGUACAAUCAGUGGGCCUUUUUUCCUUUAUAGAGACUGUUCAUUUUAUUAAUUUUUAAAGAUAUUGGUAAAUAACCAAAAAAGACUGCUCUUCUAAAAUAGACGAACUCCAAGUGUCAUUAUUUUUUAAUCAACCAGACUACUCUUAUACUUGUCAAUUACCAGCAUACCCAUUUUGUGACAGGAUUGUUUGAAAAUACUCAAGUGAAAUUGUUUACAAAUUAGCUCACAAAAGCUGCGAUGAAGAAGAAUUGUAAACUGAAAAUUGGGAGAAAGAAUAGGUCACAUUUAAAACUUAGCAUCAUGUUACUGGUAUACUAAUAUCAAAG